AGUCUAACAACUUUUCAAAUUUUCCUUGAAAAUCCAAAUCCCAAACUCAAAUCUUCAAAGAAAGAAAAACCCAACAAAUUUUCUCAUUUUCUUAAAACCGUUUUCCUCAGAUUUUUCAUUUCCAAACGUAAAACAACUGAGCAUUAUCGUCUUUUAAACUUUUGAGUCUUUUCUUAACGUGUAUUGAUGACAAUACAGUGCAUUGCUAGGCUCAGAUCACGCCGGGUGGUUCAAGACCAACUGGAAGGUUCAGACACGGCCUCGGCAAAGGUGGCGACUGGUGGUGGUGGUAGUGUUUGUUGUUGGGCCAACUUGCCUCAUGAAUUGUUAAGGGAUGUUUUGUUAAGGAUUGAAGAGUCUGAAACUCGUUGGCCUCAAAGGAGAAACGUAGUCGCCUGUGCUGGCGUUUGCAGGAGCUGGAGAUUCGCCAUUAAAGAGAUCGUUCAAGUUCCUGAAAUUUCAGGGAAAUUAACUUUUCCUAUCUCUGUUAAACAGCCUGGUCCGAAGGAAUGUCUCCUCCAAUGCUUUAUAAAACGGAACCAAUCGACUCGAACUUAUCACCUUUACCUCAGUUUAACUAACGCGCUAACUGAUGAUGGGAAGUUCCUUCUUGCUGCUUGCAAGUGUAGGCGUCCUACUUGCACGGAUUAUAUCAUUUCACUACGGGCAGAGGAUAUUUCGAAGGGGAGCAGUACUUAUGUUGGGAAACUAAGAUCAAAUUUUUUAGGAACCAAGUUCAGUGUCUUUGAUGGACAGUCUAGUCAUGCCGGUGCAAAGAUGACUAAAAGUCGAUCGUCUAGGCUAGCAUAUUCGAAACAAGUUACGCCUAGAGUCCCUUUCAGAAACUAUCCCACGGCACACAUUUCAUAUGAAUUGAAUAUGUUAGGUUCACGGGGUCCAAGGAGAAUGCAGUGUAUUAUGGAUACCAUCCCGACAACUUCAAUAAGACCAGGAGGUGUUGCUCCGACCCCGGCUGAGUUUUCUGUCAACAAUGUCAACGUGUUUCCAUCAAUUCCGAGCUUCCACUCGAAGUCAGCAAGCAUGAAGAAUUUUCUAUCUGGACCUUUGACCCAUCAAAAGGAUGGUGGUGCACUGGUGUUGAGAAAUAAAUCUCCAAGGUGGCACGAGCAACUCCAGUGUUGGUGCUUGAAUUUCCAUGGACGAGUGACGGUUGCUUCAGUGAAGAACUUUCAACUAGUGGCUUCUCCCGAAAACGGACCGGCUGGGCCAGAGCAUGAGAAGAUUAUCCUCCAGUUCGGAAAAGUUGGGAAGGACUUAUUCACCAUGGAUUACGGGUAUCCGAUUUCUGCAUUCCAAGCAUUUGCUAUCUGCCUCAGCAGCUUCGACACGAAGAUUGCUUGUGAAUAAAGGACAUGAUAAACGAUCGACAAUCGUAAACAUGAUCAGGAAUAUGUACGAAGAUUGAUGCAAAUACAAUCUUAGGGGGUAAAAGUGGAAAGAAGGUACAUGAUAUUUCAGCUUAGAUUGAGUUAUUGUAAAUAAUUAACUCUUGAAUGAGUAUCUUCCUUUGCUUUGUUUACGUUUCAUCUAAUAAUUUAAUAACAAUUCGGUUUGGUUUAAUUUUAAAA